AUGUUGCGCCUGCGCUUAACCGUGCCUAGUGGUAGACGCCGCAAUGCGCUCUUGCUUCUCCUCCUCCUCGGCAUCGUUUCUGAGCUGAGCACCGUUGCUCUGGCCAACUUUGGUGGUCGACGGUUUGGCCAUGGAUGGUUCGAUCAGAAAUGCUGGUUUGGCAGGUACAUGAAAGGUGGCAAGGGCUUUGGAGGAGGAGGUGGUUUUGGUGGUGGCGGUGGUGGAGGGCUUGGCGGCGGUGCCGGCUAUGGUGGUGGGUUUGGAACGGGUGUUGGCCAUGGCAUCGGUGCUAGUGGAGGAGGAGGUCUUGGAGGAGGAGGUGGUGGCGGACUAGGGGGAGGCCAUGGUGGUGGGUUUGGUCACGGUGGUGGUGUAGGUAUCGGCGGUGGUGCCGGAGGUGGGCUUGGAGGCGGAGGUGGUGGGGGACUUGGUGGUGGUUUCGGUAGUGGAGCAGGAGCGGGCAAUAGUUUUGGCGGAGGGCUUGGUGGUGGUGGUGGGUUCGGAGGUGGUGUUGGCGGAGGCCUUGGUGCGGGUGUAGGAAGUGGUGUGGGUGGGGGGUUUGGAGGUGGAGGUGGAGCUGGGGGCGGCCUUGGUGGCGGCGGCGGGAUGGGCGGUGGAGGAGGUGGCGGCCUAGGUGGCGGAGGCGGUGGUGGCCUUGGAGGUGGAGGUGGAGGUGGUGCAGGAGGAGGCUUUGGUGGUGGUGUCGGUGGGGGGAGUGGUGCAGGAGGCGGGCUUGGUGGUGGAGGCGGCGGCGGCUUUGGAGGAGGAGGCGGUGGUGGACUCGGGGGAGGUGGAGCGGGCGGAGGAGGCGGGCUUGGUGGUGGCGGCGGCGGCGGCAUGGGCGGUGGUGGUGGAGGUGGGAUGGGCGGUGGCGCCGGAGGAGGAUUCGGUGGCGGAGCAGGAGGUGGUGUUGGAGGCGGCGGCGGCCUUGGUGGAGGCGGCGGCGGCGGCAUGGGCGGUGGUGGAGGCGGUGGGUUGGGCGGAGGCUCUGGCGGCGGGUUCGGCGGCGGAGCGGGCGGAGGAAUCGGUCAUGGCGGAGGUCUCGGCGGAGGCGGCGGGAUGGGUGGAGGAGGCGGA